AUGCCGGGCUUCCUUUCACUCCCCCGCGAGCUACGGGAUAUGGUAUACACCGCGCUCCUCACCAACACGCGGCCCAAGCCCACACUCCACGACACGCAAUCCAUAUCCAACUGGACGCGUGUCUGGGAGCCGAGCAGCAUCCACCGCGGCGAAUGGGGCUGUACCUUCUCCCUCAGUGCCGCCCCAAACACAUGCGCAAGCUUCCUAGUAAGCAGCCGACAAGUCCACGACGAAAUGACCCAAGCCAUCGAGCGCGCACGGAGAAAAAGCCUCCUAGCCGCUACCCUAGACUGCCUCGCCCACGACGAGAGCUUCCACUAUUUCACGUGGCUUUCCAUCCCGCUGGUCAAAACAGCGCGAUGUUUGGCUGUGGAGGGCAAGACGCCAACGUGGACGGAUAGGAUGAUGGGCGGGUACAGGUAUCUCACCGCCCCGCAUAGAGUGCUGGGUAAGACGAAUCCGAGUUCUGCUACUACAACGACUAUCCAGCUCCUAUGCAUCGACAUCCGCCUCUCUGGUGACCGCAGCGCGAAGUGGCUCGGCAAUCACGCCGGGCCUGAGCGCACGUCGUGGGCGGUUUGCGCCGCGCUGAAACGCCUCUUCGACCGCGAUCGC